UUUCUUUAAACACCAUAAACUCACCACGAUGCAUUCUGUCUUUUUCGCAGGCCUUUUGGCGGGUGUCGCUAUUGCUAGCCCCUGCAAGCCUCAUACUACCACACAGCAACCGAUUCUCCUUCAGCUACAAGUUUGGCCGUCAUGUCUUCUUCUACCGUCUGGACCGACGUUACGAGCUCGACCAUCUUCUCGUCUUUGAAAACUGCCAUCAGCUCGACUGAAUCGCUCGAGAGCAGUCUAACUUUGGAAGCUGUCACCACGACCGCAGACUUCGGCUCAACUACUGAGGCCACCACUGCAACUGUUGAAGAAGAGGGCCCCCUCGAAAUCUUCGCUAUUGUCACUUACAACGAUCAACGAAUACCACUGAAGGGCAACCCCAACGAAGGCAGUAUCGCUUCUUUUAACCCUCUCGACAACAGCGCAGUAGGCUACACUCUGUCCAUCGAACCCACAACCAACCGUCUCAAGACCAGGCUUGGCGGUUACUUGUGCGCGGGCUGGGACGGUCCCACUGGCGCCGAUGAACCCGGUAUUGUCAGUGUUUGCAACACAGACUACUCCGGCCACGAGUAUAUCAAAUGCACCCAGGCUAAUGAUCGUAUGCUCGAGUGCGAGGCUUUGGAGGAAGCUUGUGCGCAUGAUGGAACUGGAAGUGGAGAUUAUCAUUGUUUCUGGACGUAUAGAACUAUCACACAGUCCCUGACUAAGUCUGAUCAGAGGGGGGAUGUGCUGUAUCUUGGCUUUGGACCAGUCAAUGGAUAUACUCCCGUUGCAUUGAAGGCUGCUGCCUGAUACGUGCUUUUCGAAGAGGCCUCGAUGGACACCCGUAGGCCAGAGCAUUCAUUCUCAUAAGACGAGCUGUG